CCCAGCUUCUGCAGCUCUAUCUAGAGUUCAGCCCCAGUUCCACGUACAGCAGCUGCGUGUUAAGCCCAGCUCCAGCUCCUCCAGCUCCGUCCGGGCCCAGCUCCAGCCCCGCACCGGCCGGGACCGACGCUCCGGUGUCGGUGUCGUCGGCGCCGACCUGCGUCGCUAACGUCGCCUCUCCUUCGCCGACACGGAGCGGUGUCGGCGGCGACGGCAGUGCGGCGGUCGUCGGCGGCGGUGACGGCGGGCGGAAGGGCCGCAGCGCUGGAGCCAGUGUGGAGUAUCGUGAGGUCUGAUGGAGUCAUGAGCUAGUGCUCGUUUAGUACUGACUGGAUCCGUGGCUCUUGGUUGUGGACCGGACGGUUGGGUACUCCCGUCAGACAGUCAAACAUCCAUCCCAGACUGUCAGUCAGUCGGACAGACCGUUGCACGGUCCGAUCAGACAGGUGAUCAUCACAUCAGUCACCAGACCAGCUCAGCAGGCCGACCCGUCACUCCGCGCCAAGCCGGGCUGACCGCUCGCGGCUGACCUGAGCGGGCCACCACGGCGUCCAAGACGGGUCCGAUCGCCUGGCUGCGUCAGCGGCUGACCGGCGGCCCUCCUGCCGUCGCCGCUCCCGAUAUGGACCAGCUGCGACUCUACACUGCCCGCUACCGACCCGAGGAGCUCGACAAACUCACACGCAGCUCACGCUUCACGAGGAAGGAGAUACAGUUCAUGUACAGAGGUUUCAAACAGGAGUGUCCGUCGGGACUCGUUGACGAAGCCGCGUUCAAGCUCAUCUUCUCUCAGUACUUCCCCCAAGGCGAUGCCAACCAGUACGCUCACUACGUGUUCAACACGCUGAGGCCCAAUCAGUGUGGACAAAUCAACUUCGAGGACUUUCUUCACGCGCUGUCGCGGGUGUCGCGCGGCACCACCGACGAGAAGGUGCGCUGGGUGUUUGACCUGUACGACCUGGACGGCGACGGGCUCAUCACCAAGCACGAGAUGCAGCUGGUGGUCACCGCCAUCUACGACAUGCUGGGGCGCCAGGUGGUGCCGCGCAUCGACCCGAACGCGGCCAGAAGUCAUGUGGACACCAUCUUCCAUCAAAUGGACGCCGACCGGGACGGCCUGGUCACCCUGGAGGAGAUGAGACGCUGGUGUGGUCGCGACCCAGACUUCCUGCGCUCGCUGCACAUGCUGGACACGGUGCUAUGACUGGAGCAGUGGCCGGCCGGGCCGGGGGCGGCGCCGGGCGGCCACGCUCACUCGCAGCACACGGGGAUCGCCUCUGCAGGACAGACGGAGCGCGCGGAGCGAGACGGAGCGGGCCCGCCACUGGAGGAGGACGGACGUGCCCCCGAGGAGUGCAGAGAGGUCGGUGGUGCGGCAGAAGGACAACUUCGGGAUGCGGUCCCGGAGAGUAGAGUCCCUGGUAAAGAGUAUCGCCCCUGUCAAUGUCAGGGUCAUGACGGAUGCGGAAGCCGUAGUCGGGAAGGCGGAGGGUGCGGUAACUCGGGCACCAAUAGCGCUUUUUCGCCAACGAAGGGAUGCGAUCACCGAGAGAGUUUGUCCAGGUCUUCAGCGACACUCUCCAGCGCCGCACCGAACACUUUUCGGGAAGAUAUUCACCAGACGUAUCAGGAGACGAACCACCCACACCUGCAGCGUCUACCCUCGACUGACACCGGUACCUCGACUCAGAGGCCGUCACAGGGUGCCAGGGCAUCAGCUGCGGCGGCUCAGAGAUCUGUGCCAGGCGCGGGUGGCGGCACAGCCGCUGUACACGGCAGACCUGUCGACGGCCGGGUCUGCGAGCGAGCCUCCCGACCCAGCCGAGAAACCGAGGUGUAGUGGCGGCCAAAGGCAAACAGACAGACAGACAUACAGACAGGGUGUGACCGGAGCGAUAACGAGAGGUUGUUCUGAGUGAGCUUCUGAGAAGCGCAAUCCAGAGUAUAUAUCUUGUGCGUGCCAGUAGCUAAACUUUGACGUCUAUUCCUGCUAUACUAGCCAAGCUCUGCUUAGUGUGCAUUUAUGUUCCUCACAUCAUUCAUAUGCCUAUGUAAUCUCCCUGUAAAGUUGAACAUCCUGGAGUUUUCGAAUAAAUGCCUCUGUGUAGCCGGCUAUUCAAU